AUGCAUAUCAUCGAUUCAGAAAUUCAGAAUCUAAUUGUUCAUGUUCUUUCAAAAGAUAAUGAUCUUGGGAACUAUACAAUGACUAUAAACGAUGAGUUCCAUUGGGACUUUCGUAGGAAUUUCGGCGAAACAACUGAAUUUAGCGGACACUUCUACUGGAUGACGUCUGACAAUCAAAUUUAUCAAGAGGUCGAGUUUUCUGUUUUCAAUAAUCAUAUUGCCGAUGAAUGUGGCAACAAAUUAUUGAAGACGAACAAAUGUUUUUGGUUAGUAAAGAGUGAUGGUUUUUAUUUUGCAAAAGGUAGUCCAUCAGAUUUGAUGUUUAAGUAUACAUGGCCACAUUGA